AUGUACUUCUCUUCCAGCAUCGCCCUUGCCUGGGUUCAGUUCGCAGUCCUGUGUUCUGCAAGUCCUCUACUAGUCUCGCGAUCAUCCGGGCCAGCCUGUACCUUUAUCGACAACAUUGGCGUCAUCAGCUGUGAUGGUGGCUGCUGCGGUUGGGCUCUCUCGGGAGCAACAUCACCAUUCUGCGAGUCCAGCACGGCCAGUACUCUCACCCUGGUCAGCAAGCCCGACGGAUGGAUAUCUUCAUGCUCCACGCUGCAGUCGGACCUGACGGCCAACAACAAGGACUAUAUCCUCACGACAUACCAGCAAAACACAUGGCACGCCAUCGUCUCAAAUGAUGGCUGCCGCUUUGAGGUCAACAUCAGCGAUCCACAAGACUCGAACGACCCAAUUCGACUCACGGGUGGUGAUAUUGCGACUUUCUUGGCCUCGGGCAUCCCGGCCAGUCAGAGUGGUGGUUUGGGAGCGACGGGAUCGACGAGUUGUUACUCAUUCCACCUGCAGUGGAGGAUGGUACCUCCUGGAAACUGA